AGUCAGCCGCCACUUUGGACGCUCGCUCGGAAUAGUAGUUGAUAGUUGAUGUGAAAAAUGAGUUUCGAUACUGAAAAAUUUAUAAUAGAAAUUCAAAACCGGCCUUGCUUAUGGGAUAGUUCAACAAAUGAUUAUUGCGAUCGUAACUUGAAAAUUAAAGGUUGGGACGAAAUAGUAAACAUAUUUAAAGAAAAAGACGAAAUGACAAACCAAGAAAAAAAACAACUAGCUGAUACAUUGCAAAAAAGGUGGAAAAGUAUUCGUGGUUGCUUCACACGAGAGCUGAACCGGCAAAAAUCUUUGAAGUCUGGGUCUGGUCGUGGACCACGUAAGAGCGAAUAUAUAUUUUUUAAGCAACUGCUUUUUCUCCAGAAGGUGGUCGCGUUAAGAGAGUCUGAGGUCGAAGAAAAAUCAAAAGAGUCAGAUCCUGAUGUUGAAGCUACAAUUCCUGAUACUGAACAAGACUUGCAACAAGGCAGUCAAGCUUUAAGUUGUCCGAAAAGAAUGAAAACCAAAAAGAAUAAUGCACCUGAAGAUGACAAAUUUUUAGAAGCCCUUAACAAAUCCAUCAAAAGUAGAGAACAAUAUGAGGUUGAGAAUCAAGAUGACGACAGGUUAUUCAUGCUGUCUUUAGUUAGCACCUUAAAAAACGUGCCUCCUCAAAAAAAAAUGGCAACUAAAAUGAAAAUAAUGUCAAUUUUUGAUGAAGCAACCCGCCAUGUGCUCAACAUUGAUGAUAGUACAUUAUACCGUCAAAACUACUGGUCACAAACAGAAUCGUCGUCGUCACAAAGUUAUCACCCUGGAUAUUCUACUGUUCCUAGAGAAACCCAACCCAUGAUAAACAGCACUGAGUAUUUAUCUAGUGAACCGUUUAGUGCACCACCGUCAAAUAUGCCAAAUGUUUCAGAAGAUUCCUCCAUUUUAGAUGUAUAUGAUUAACUUUAAAUGCUUCAUUCUUGAAAAUUAGAAUAAAAAACUGCUUACCUCAAUGACACAAA